AUUCAAAGAAGUGUGACUAGCCCAAGGUCACCCAGCAGCUGCAUGUGGAGGAGCGGAGACGCGAACCCGGUUCCCCAGAUUACGAGUCUACCACUCUUAACCACUACACCACAUUUUAAAUCUCAGUCUAAUCCUCUGCACAGCCCUAGUCAUUACCAUUGUAAUUCAAUUUGUGUUUCACUUAAUGUAAGCCCUCUGUCAUAUACAGUGCUAUUUGUUCCAGAAAAAGAGGUGCCAGAACUCACCAUGAACGCCUCCCUUGUUCUCUUAUAAUGGCAAUGGUGCCCACCUGGGAGGUGCCGGAACUGAGUCCCAGUGACCUCUGGUUGACAAAUCCCCCCUGGUCAUAUAUAUAUGUCAAUGUUUUUCUCAAUAUUGUCUGAUUUUUUUCAGAUGUCAAUGAAGAGCAAUGAGGAAGAUGGAAAUCAAACAGAGCCCACAACAUUCAUCCUCUUGGACUUUAAUAAUGAAGACCUGCAGGUUUUAUUUUCUGUGCUGUUUCUACCUAUCUACCUUGUGACCAUGGCUGGAAACAUCCUCAUUAUUCUAUUAGUGGUGAAUAAUCAGCACCUCCACACACCUAUGUAUUUCUUCCUGGGAAAUCUCUCCUGCUUGGAGACUUGCUACAGCUCAGCCAUCAUGCCGAGGAUGCUGGUCAGUUUUCUGACUGGAGACAGAACCAUUUCUGUUCAUGGAUGCUUUGCACAGCUGUUUUUCUUUGGGUGUCUUGCAGGAACAGAAUGUUACUUCCUAGCAGUGAUGUCAUAUGAUCGCUAUUUAGCAAUUUGCAAGCCACUGCAUUAUGUAAUGCUCAUGAAUGGAAGAAUUUGCAUCAUGCUUAUUGUUGGAUCAUGGGUCAGUGGAUCAUUGGGUAUUAGUGUCCUAAUAUAUUUGGUAUCUCAGCUAAGAUUCUGUGGGCCCAACCAUAUCAAUCAUUUUUUCUGUGAUUUCUCCCCCAUGGUAAGACUUUCGUGCAAUGAGACUGAUGUGGUUGAAAAGACAGCGUUCAUUGUCUCCUCUUUAGCUACACUACCUCCCCUUCUAAUAACUGUGUCAUCUUAUGUGUGUAUUAUCAAAAGCAUUUUAAGAAUCCCAUCCACCAUUGGUAAACAAAAGGCAUUCUCUACAUGCUCUUCUCACCUGACUGUGGUUGCUUGCUUCUAUGGCUCCCUGAUGAUAGUCUAUGUCUUACCAAACAACAUUUCCUUGAUUGAUCUGAAGAAACUAUUAUCUUUGUUAUACACUAUGCUCACCCCUCUGGUCAACCCCCUUGUGUACAGUCUGAGGAACAAAGAAGUAAAAGAUGCGGCAAAGAAAACUUUCAAGCUGCUUCUGAGAGCUCACUAAAUUUCUGGUAAACAUGUGGAGGAGACCACUGGUGCUAUUGGCUUUAUGAUGUGAAUGUUUUACUGGGACUGAUUCUGAAGAUAAUUAAUUAACAUAUUUUGCCCCUGACUUCUUUAUCAAAGCAGGAAUUUGACCUUGUAUUAAUAAUAUACCUUAGCUUCAUAUUGAUAUUGAGUCCAGCAUCAAGAGAAAGGAUUAUAGAAAUAUGUCACACUGUGGUUGUGACAAGAGAAACCUCACAGCGCAUCAUAAAACUACCUUAAACUACCUUAAAGGAAAAGCGGAAUCAUAUGUCGUCAGCCCGUUGUUCCACUGUGUUGCCGAUACUGACUGAAGGCAGCUCCCCAGAAUCUCAGGCGGGACUCUCUGCAAGACUUACCAGCAGAUGCCAGGAACUGAACUUGGGAUUUUCUGUGUACAACCACUGAACUAUGGUCCUCCCCAAAAUGCAAAAUAUACACCUAACUGCAACAUUUUUAAAAGUAGCUCUCCUUCAAAAUUAGCACAUCUCCAAAUUUUGCAAUGCAGGCCUUUCACCAAGUAAUAUGUACAAAAAGAAAUACAUUAGCAUGUUUUUGCAAAGCACUUUCCUCACAUAUAACAAACAUUCCCAUCUUAUUUUUUCUAAUGUACUGUAUGCAAAAAUAUGUUUAUUUAGAGAAAGUCACACUACAAUUCUUAAGCAUUUUCGUGAGUACUUAUUAUUUGUUCUGCUUUUAAAAUACAAACCGCUUGGGCCACUGGAGUUAUGAAUGGAAAAAUCUGAAACUGAGAGAAACAAAAACUGCAUGUUUUGUUCAGUCCUCAUCACAGUGCUGGGGCAGGUGGAGCUGAUGAGGAUGAAAAUCACUAUCUCUCUGAACAUCUCAUCAUUUUCUGAGUGAAAAGGGAGGAGUAACAAUCCUCCUCAUGCUAUCUGCAUGGAUUAU